CGUGACCGUGUUAGUUUUACUCCGCGAGCGAGUUUUUGAGCUGCAUUUUUUUUCUUCCUCUGUGUGAUGUGACGCGUUGCAUGUUCAGAAGCAGGAACUGUGCAGACCUGACAGGGGAACAUGUUCUCGUUGGUAUUGUAGUCUGCCUCUGUUACACACACAAAAAAAACAAGGAAAAUAGGACACCUGGUCCAGCCAGUUUUUCAGGUUUCGAGUCUCCAGAGAGAGAAAAAGAGAGAGGGAGAGAGAGAAGUCGGUUUGAAGCGGGUGGACAGCAUGAACCAUUAAACCCUGAAUUUUUUGGUCUCCGGAUGUUAAAGUUAUUCAUUUGAGAAAAGCGUGUAAUCGUUCAAAAUGAGUCGCCGGCGUGUAGACUCUGAGGACUCCCUGACGCCCGAUGAUGAGGUGAUGCCAUACAGUGAUGACGAGACUGAUGACGAGUUGGAGCAUGAGGAUGAAGAGGUGCAGCCGAGCGUCCCGGCACCAGAACCGGAAGCAGGAUGGAAGGUCAAAGCAAACGACAGGGAGUUCUGCAAUCUUCCUGAAUUCAAGAAGAAGACUGUUUUGUGCUUCAAGAAGAGCAAGUACUCUGGAAAUGCAAUCAAGACCUAUAAGUACAAUUUCUUCACCUUCCUGCCCCUGAAUCUGUUUGAGCAAUUUAAAAGAGCAGCCAACUUCUACUUCCUCGUCUUGCUGAUCCUGCAGAUCAUCCCAGAAAUCUCCACACUACCCUGGUACACCACGUUGGUGCCCCUGGUGUUGGUGCUUGGCAUCACUGCCAUCAAAGAUCUGAUGGAUGACCUGGCUCGCCACAGACUGGACAAAGAGAUCAACAACCGAAAGUGUGACGUGCUCCUCAAUGGCAGAUUUCAGGAGGCCAAGUGGAUGGAUAUUCAAGUUGGUGAUGUGAUCCGAUUAAAGAAGAACGACUUCAUUCCUGCUGACGUUUUGUUAUUGUCCACCUCUGAGCCAAACAGCCUGUGUUAUGUAGAGACAGCAGAACUGGACGGAGAGACUAAUCUGAAGUUUAAGAUGGGUUUGAAGGUGACGCAUGAGAGGCUGCAGGAGGAGAACCAGCUGGCGAAUUUUGAUGCUAUGAUUCUUUGCGAGGAACCAAAUAACCGCUUGGAUAAGUUCAUGGGCACGAUGAGGUGGAAGAACGACGCAUACCCACUAGAACUGGAUAACAUGCUGCUGAGAGGAUGCAAGGUUCGCAACACGGAGGAAAGCCGCGGACUCGUUAUAUUUGCAGGAGCGGACACUAAGAUCAUGAGGAAUGGUGGAAAGACCAGGUUCAAACGUACCAAGAUAGAUUAUCUGAUGAAUUACAUGGUGUACACGAUCUUUGUGAUGCUGAUCCUGAUCUGCGCCGGCCUGGCGAUCGGACACUCGUUCUGGUACGGGGAAAUCGGCUCGAAGGCCUGGUAUCUGUACGAUGGCCUAAACCAGACGGCACCCUACAGGGGCUUCCUCACCUUCUGGGGUUACAUCAUCGUCCUCAACACUAUGGUGCCCAUCUCACUCUACGUUAGUGUGGAGGUGAUCCGUCUGGGUCAGAGUAAGUUCAUAAACUGGGAUCUACAGAUGUACUAUGCUGAGAAGGACACGCCAGCCAAGGCUCGAACCACCACCCUGAACGAGCAGCUCGGCCAGAUCGAGUACAUCUUCUCGGACAAGACGGGCACUCUCACACAAAACAUCAUGGCCUUCAAGAAGUGCAACAUCAGCGGGCGCACAUUUGGAAAUCCAACAAAUAAAGACGGGGUGGCCCUGGACCGUGCAAAUCCUGUUGACUUCAGAUGGAACACAUAUGUGGACAGAAAGUUCCAGUUCUUCGACAGUGAACUCGUUUCUCUCAUCCGCUCAAAAAAGGACCCGGUCGUGCUGGAGUUCUUCAAGCUGCUCUCACUUUGCCACACUGUUAUGGUGGAACAGAAGGAUGGCGAUCUGGUGUACCAGGCUGCGUCUCCAGAUGAAGGUGCUUUGGUCACAGCGGCUCGCUGUUUUGGCUUUGUGUUCCUGUCGCGUACGCAGGACUCCAUCACCAUCAGUGAGUUGGGAAAGGAGACCACGUACGAGGUGCUCGCUCUCCUCGACUUCAACAGCGACCGAAAGCGCAUGUCUGUCAUCUUGAGGCUUCCAGAUGGACGUAUCCGGUUAUACUGUAAGGGAGCCGACACAGUGAUCUACCAGCGCCUUAGUCCUGACUCCCAACACAAAGAAACCACAGAAGAAGCCCUGGGUAUUUUUGCCAAUGAGACUCUGCGCACAUUGUGUUUGUGCUACAAAGACAUCACCAACAGCGAGUUUGACUCUUGGGUUCAGCAGCACAAGGAGGCCAGCGUGGCCAUGACCGACCGUGAGGAGGCUCUGGACGCCGUCUACGAGCUCAUCGAGACAAACCUGAUGCUGAUUGGCGCGACAGCCAUUGAAGACAAGCUUCAAGAUGGAGUUCCUGAGACUAUCGCCAACCUGGCCAAGGCUGAGAUCAAAAUUUGGGUUCUUACUGGGGACAAGAAAGAGACUGCCGAGAACAUUGGAUACUCUUGUGAGCUGCUGACAGAUGACAUGACUAUUCACUAUGGAGAGGAUGUAAAUCAGAAGUUAUCAGACAGACAGGCAAAGCGGAGGAACGAGACUGGAGAGGCGCGCAAAAACAAAACACCGGAGCCAUUUUUCCCUGGAACUGGCAAGAACGCUCUCAUCAUUACAGGAGGUUGGCUGAAUGAAAUUCUGUACGAGAAGAAGAAGAAGCGUCGUCGUUUGCGUCUGCGUCGUCUCGGGAAGCGCGUCCCUCCUGUCAGCCCUCAAGACGGCCAACCCAUGAAUGACUGGGAGAAGGAAAUGAGGCAGCGUGACUUUGUGGACAUGGCCUGUGAGUGUGGCGCUGUCAUCUGCUGCCGUGUCACCCCCAAACAGAAGGCCAACGUGGUGAGCCUGGUGAAGCGCUACAAGAAGGCCGUCACUCUGUCCAUCGGCGACGGAGCCAACGACGUCAACAUGAUCAAGACUGCAGACAUUGGCGUGGGCAUCAGCGGGCAGGAAGGCAUGCAGGCAGUGAUGUCCAGCGACUACGCUCUCGCUCAGUUCCGCUACCUCCAGCGCCUCCUGCUGGUGCACGGUCGCUGGUCCUACAUCCGCAUGUGCAAGUUCUUGCGCUUCUUCUUUUACAAGAACUUCGCCUUCACCCUGGUUCACUUUUGGUACUCGUUCUUCAGUGGAUACUCCGCCCAGAUUGCCUUUGAAGACUGGUUCAUCACCCUUUACAACGUGUUGUAUAGCAGUUUACCCGUCCUCCUUGUUGGACUGCUGGAUCAGGACGUGAACGACAAAUUGAGUUUGCGCUUUCCGAGGUUGUAUCUUCCGGGUCAGCAAGGGUCGCUGUUUAAUUACAAGAACUUCUUCAUCAGUCUCUUUAAUGGCAUCUUCACGUCCCUCAUGAUCUUCUUCAUCCCAUAUGGAGCCUUUUUACAGACGAUGGGUCAGGAUGGAGAGGCGCCGUCUGAUUACCAAUCCUUCGCUGUGGUCACUGCAUCCUCGCUUAUCAUGAUAGUCAACUUGCAGAUCUCCUUGGACACCUCGUACUGGACGUUUGUGAACUGCUUUGCUGUCUUGGGAAGUAUAGCGAUUUACUUCGGCGUCAUGUUCGACAUACAGAGUGCAGGAAUACACGUCAUCUUCCCAUCGUACUUCAAAUUCACUGGUGUCGCUGCUAAUGCACUUCGCCAACCGUAUCUGUGGCUCACCAUCAUUCUAACGGUGGGCACCAGCCUCCUGCCGACCAUCUGUACCCAGUUCCUCUGCAAGACCAUCUGGCCUACCGUCGGAGACAAGGUUCUUCGAAACAGGAAGAAGUACGAGAUGGAGGAAGAGCAGAAGAAGAGGGUCCCUACUUUCCAACGUGGUGGUCGCUCACGCCGCUCUGCGUAUGCCUUCUCUCACUCCCGAGGUUACGCCGAUCUCAUCGCUUCGGGCCGGAGUAUCCGCCAGAAGCCACGGAGGCACACGGAUGUUAGGCAGACCAUCAGGGAGGAACCCAUAGCCGAAAACUUGUGAGACGUUUGACCUUGAGAUGACAUGACGUGUGUGACACGUUUUUGAAAAGGUUAAAGGUUGUUUUCCAUUUUGGCUUUUAAACCGCGAGUCCCAGGACCAUUCGAUCGGCCCUUCUUUCCAUUGAAAAUGAAACCGAGCCCAAGGAAAAGAAAGUAGGGAGGGUCGCUGAGGGACUUGAGAAGAUCUCUACGGCAUGAUUUCGAAUUAGCUAUAAAAGAGCAGAAUGAGCCAGUGAGAACGUUUACACAAAGGGAAAUGAGGGAGAGUUUCUCCCACUCACUCAAAAACCAAUACUGGUUUUAAAAAGCGUACACUGUGUAUGACAAACUAGAUAUCUCAGGAUUUUAUCUUUCUACUUUUUUUUUUUUAAGAAGGUGCAUUAUAUAGGAAGUUAACUCAUUAAAAGAUGGAAAAAAGAUAAUUACUUAAACAUGACUAAUGUCUGUUGCUGCAUUUAAUAGGAUUAUAAUGUUCAAAAAAAAAAAAAGUCUGCUCAUUCCAUUAUCACUAAACUGUAGCUUCAUAUUUCUCAUCUUCACCCAUAUUGUACAUGAAAAGAGCCAUUAUCUUUUUUCUACCUAAAAUGCUAGGAAUAUUAUUAUAUAUUACUACACACUACACUAACACACGGACUAUAGGAUAAAAUUUUGUACCGUGGAAACGUUCCGACAUAAUGCGCCUUUAAACACUUAUUUAUCGCCUUAAACUCGGCCUCGCACAUCCUAACCAAGGUCGUGCUCUGUUUCUUUCUCAGUCGUAACGUACGGUAAUGACCUGCAGCUUCAUCGAGGCAGAGAAGGACCUCAUGAUAUAAUGUCUCUUAAUUUAUAUCUGUUUGUGAAAUAUUUUUCAUCUAUCACAUGAAUCUUGAGUGUAAAGCUUGAAUUUUUACCGCUUUUCUCUGCAUGAUGGAUUCUGCUCAAACACGCUUUUUUUUUUUUUUGUGCGUUAAGGGAUGACUGGGUGUAUGUGGGAUGCCCUCCAGGUGGAGAACUUGUGAAUAAUGUUUACACUAACGUUACCACUUUUAAACGUCCGUCUCUUCUAUUUGAGAUCAGCUCUGAUCAGAAUGGUGUCAUUUUCUUCACACGCAAUGUGACUAGUGUUUGUCUUUUUCUUUCCUUCCUUGUUUGUUUUGUGUCAAACAUUUCCCACACAGCCUAGAAUUCUCUUUCUGAACCAUCAAUUUAUUCAGACCCAGUUAGGAAUAUCUUUGCAUUGUUCAUGAAAGUUGUUAGUUGGGGGGAAAGUGUCUAUUUUUAACAACAACAAAAAAAGAGAACUGUUGCGUAUUUAACCUUAAUCUGCCAUAAUAGAUGAUUAUUUGUUAUGUCUUUUUAACACUGCUGUUUUCAGAAGGGGAAAAAGUGCCUGAAUGGCCAGCAACACCAGUGCCGUAUGCUUUAAAAAGGAAAAAAAGCUGCAUUUUACACAAUGUUGUUUUUAAUGUAUUGUAAUAUACUUUGUACAAAUAACUAUAAAUAAAGGUGUACAAAUGGA